AUGUUAUUCUAUAUUUCCGCUGUUCUUUUGAUCGUUGGAUCGCAGGUUGGUACUUUUUUUUAAAAUAGAAUACAUAGAUUGAAUAGACAUAGGGAACAAAAUUUCUCGUUUUUUCGUGUGGUGUUUGUGUAUGAAAAAGAUUAUGUAUUGAUUAGGUAAAUAACUACUGGUUUAGGACUGAAUUCAACCGAAGUUCUAUUUUUAGCCCUAAAUCUUUAUAUAUUUUUGGCACAUGAAAAAAUAAGAAUAACAAUAUAAAUAGAUAUUUAGUACAGCACAUCGUAGUUCAAAACGAUAAAUCGGUCGAAUUUUAAUUAAAAACACCAACUGUUUAAAAAUAGAUUACGUGUGUUACACAACAUUUUGUUGAAAAAUAAAAACAAGAAAAAAGAUAAGAUAAGUUUGAUACAAUUUUUAAAAUAGAAAAAACUGUGUUCCUAACUCAAUUUUCACAAUUUUAGAAUAAUAUAUUUAAACUUUGCAUUAAAGUUGAGACAGAAGCAUAUCCGAGAUUGAAAAUCAAGUACGUCGUUUCGUCCAAAAGAAUUUUUCCCGGAAUUUUUAGGCUGCGGUCAAACGCGAUACCGCUGUUCUCGUUCCAUCAAACAAUGAGCAUUUGGGACUUCGCGAUAAUUGUUACAUCAAAUCCGGCGGUGGAUGUAAAUGUGAUGUGAAAGAAGGACAUGAUGAGAUUAUUACCAGAGAAUAUGAAGAUGUUGAUUUCUGCAGAAAACCAGUUGAAUGUAAGUUUCUAAAUAUCACCAAAAUCUAAACUGGAAAAUGUUACGUUUCAACAAUUUCAUUGAUUUUCUAUUCGAGUCUCUCAAAAUGUUGAUGGACGAACGCAGGAAUGUUUCACUACCGACACUAAACAUUCAAUCUGGUUUUGAAAAAAUCCUGUGAAUUUUCUGUACAUUUUCUUAAAAAAACGAUUUCAGUGCAAACUGCUCAACACAAGAAGGAACUCAACGCUGAAAUUAAAGAGAAAUUUGGUGCAUUCAAAGACAACUGCUUCCCAAAACCAUCAGGUGGAUGUAAAUGUAAUGUUGAUUUGGGACAAGGUGAAACUGUUCAAGAAUACACCGCUGAUAAGGAUUGCAAGAAAUCAGUCGAAGGUGAGCAGCAUUUUUUUUAUGAAAAAAGUUAAAUAAAAUGAAUUGUUUAGCUCAAACCGCCGAGCACAAAAAAGAAUUGAACGAGGAAAUCAAGGAGAAAUUCGGAGCUUUCAAGGAAAACUGCUUCCCAAAACCAUCGGGAGGAUGUAAAUGCACUGAAAAAGAUGCCAAUGGAAACGAAGUUGUUAAUGCUUAUAACAAUGCUGAUCAAUGCAAAGUUGUGAGUUUAUAAAUCCACCUCAUUAUCAGUGGAGGGAAGGGAAGAAAUUCAUUCUGAAAACCAUGAGAAUUUUCAGCGUACCAAACGUGAAGUCCAACAUCAACCUCGCCAACAACCAACCAACAUUGCUCGCGCCAAUGUUAAAGAUGUUCCACGUGCCGGUUCCCCAACCAACACUCAACCAAACUAUGAUGUUCGUGAUCCAGUAAGAGAAAGAGCUCAAGCCAAUUAUGCUGCCGUUGUUGAUGAAUUGAAAAACAAAUUCAAAGGAUUGAAAGAAGGUUGUUUCCCAAGACCAAAAGGAUGUUUGUGUGUUAUUGGAAAAACACCAGAAGGACGUGAUAUUACUGAAAGACGUAUGAAAGAUGUUGAUUGUAAAUGUAAGGAAGGAGAACGUGGACCAGAAUGUCCAGCUGCUUAAGCCACAUUUUCUCCAGCGUUUUUUUAAAAACAAAUAUUUUAACCACAUACAUAAAUUUUUUUCUUUUUUGAGAGAGAAAAAUUGUGAGAUGAUUUACAGAGAAAAUUUCAGAUCCCAGAAGUGGACUAAUUUCAAAUCGGGCUAACUCUCAAGGUGCCGUCUGUGGCCACAGUAUCACUGAAGACCUGGCUCUUUGCUACAGUGGUUCUCUAUCCGUGGCUUCUUGCCACACUAGCUAUCAAAGCGCCGUAUUAAGUCACAGUAGUUCAACAAUUUCAGCAUGA